AUGAAUGAAAAAAUUCAUUCGACCUUAAGAAUUAAAGAAAUUGUGGAAUAGGCAAAAAUAUCGAUAGUUAAGUUAAUAUCCAUAAGAAACAAAGAAGUCACUACAAUCUAUGAAUUGAUUCUUGGUUUGAAUAACCUGCAAAUUCUGAUUAUUUCGAAUAACAAAAUAUAAAUAAUAACAUAAAGCAUAUAGAGUUUAAUCAAUUUGAAAGUAGUUCAUGCAUCAGAUUGUAACUUACAAGAUCAAAAUAUUGAGAAUGAUUUUUUCGAAUUAGAUUCAUUAAAAGAAUUUAAUAUGACCAAGAAUCAAUUAUCAAUUAUCGACAGAUUUACAUCUUUAUUUAACUUAUGUUGUUGGAUUUAUCCAAUAAUGAAAUCUUAGAAUUCCAUAGAAUAUGGAAAAUUGUUUAAGCUUAAAUUUGGAGUUUAAGAGACAAUCAUUGGAAUUAUCUUCUUGUUCAAAUUGAAACAAUUUAAAUCCUUAAUAAAAGUUAAAUUUAGAAUACUCUUGAAGAUCCAUAUGGAGUACUAAAAUAACGUAAUCCUGAGCCAAUAUUCUAAUAAGGAAUAUUUUGAAGAAUAAAAUUAAUAAUGA